AUGUCUAUGGAAAAAGAAACAAAUGGGAAGGGAAAUGAAAAUUCUUUUCUCAACAAACAUGCUUGUGCUUGCGUUUUGGCUGCUACUAUUAUCUCUGCAAUAUUUGGUUAUAUUACAGGAGUAAUGGCUGGUGCACUCUUAUUCAUCAAGGAAGAACUUGGAAUCACUGACAUGCAAGUGCAACUUCUAGCAGGAAUCUUAAAUGUGUGUGCAUUACCAGCAUGCAUGGUAGCUGGAAGAACAUCCGAUUACAUAGGUCGACGAUACACCAUCAUUUUAUCCGCGAUAAUCUUCUUCUUAGGCUCAAUCUUAAUGGGGUAUGGACCAAAUUUUCCAAUCUUGAUGAUUGGAAGAUGCAUUGCAGGAUUUGGUGUAGGGUUUGCACUUAUUAUAACACCGGUUUAUAGCGCAGAAAUUUCAUCUCCUUCUUAUAGAGGCUUUCUAACUUCUCUCCCAGACGUUUCCAUCAACGCAGGUUUCUUAUUUGGUUAUGUCUCAAAUUUUUUCCUUGGAAAAUUGUCUUUAAGACUUGGAUGGAGAAUAAUGCUAGCUAUUCCUGCAAUUCCUUCACUUGGAUUGAUAAUUCUGAUGUUAAAAUUGGUAGAAUCUCCGAGAUGGUUAGUAUUGCAAGGACGUUUAGAUGAUGCUAGAAAAGUUCUUUUACUAAUAUCCAAUUCCAAAGAAGAAGCUGAACAAAGGUUAAAGGAAAUAAAAGUUGCCGUUGGAAUCGAUGAAAAUUGCAUGCAAAGCAUUGUUCAUGUUCCACAGAAAACGCGUAACGGUGGAGGAGCUUUAAAGGAAAUGUUUCAUAAACCUUCACCGCAUGUUUAUAAGAUACUAUUUGCAGCUAUUGGUGUUCAUGUGUUCCAACAAAUAUGUGGAAUUGAAGGUAUUUUGUUAUAUAGUCCAAGAGUUUUUGAAAGAGUAGGAAUCACGGAAAAAAGUACACUUCUUUUAGCGACGGUUGGUAUCGGAAUAAGCCAAACUUUAUUCACAUUGUUAUCAAGUUUUUUGUUGGAUAGAAUUGGGAGAAGGACACUAUUGUUGGUUAGUUCUGGAGGUGUGGUUGUGACUUGGUUAGGGUUGAGUAUUUCUUCAGCUAUAGUUGAAAGUUCUAAACUAGGAGAAGAACCAUUAUGGGCCAUAGUUUUUAUUAUUGUUGUUAUGUAUAUUUUGGUGGCUUUUGUUGCAAUUGGAAUUGGACCUGUGACAUGGGUUUAUAGCUCUGAGAUAUUUCCACUAAGGUUGAGAGCACAAGGUUUAGGGGUUUGUGUGGCUGUGAAUAGAGUUACAAAUGUGGCAGUGGUUACAAGUUUUAUUUCAAUUUAUAAGACAAUAACAUUAGGUGGAACUUUCUUUAUGCUUGUGGGGAUUAAUGCUUUGGCUUGGUGGUUUUACUAUUCUUUCUUGCCUGAAACUAAAGGAAGAUCAUUAGAAGAUAUGGAGACUAUCUUUGGGAAAGAUUCUAAGAGUGAGGUGCAAUUGAAGUUUGAAAGCAACAAUGCAUAG